UGUAAUACAAAAUAAAUAAAAAAUAUUACGAAACACUUGUUUAUCCAUCCAUCGACUCACAAACACUCCCGCGAAAGUACCUUCCAGAUUUCGGAUAAGAAAACCAGAAGCCAAAGAACACAAAAAAAACCUUUCACCAUAACAAAAAUGGUGUCUCCUAAAUUACUAAUCGAUUCUUCAAACCCAACCACACUCCUCAACUCCUUAUUCACCCAUCGUCAACCCACUUUUCUUCAUUCUCGAAACUUCCAACAACCUUCUCGGACCUUAAACACCAUCAGAGCCUCUGCACUGAACCGUCGGGACUUCAUUGCUGACACCGCCGCUACCGCAGCAGCUCUUUCACUUUCUCCGGUCAUUGGAUUGAAUUCCAGUUCAGUUGCUAGAGCUGAUACGCUUUCUGAAUGGGAGAGAGUUUAUCUUCCGAUUGAUCCUGGCGUUGUGCUUCUGGAUAUUGCUUUUGUUCCUGAUGAUCCUUCUCACGGUUUUCUGUUGGGGACAAGACAAACUCUGUUAGAGACGAAAGAUGGGGGGAGCACGUGGGUUUCGCGUUCGAUAUCUUCAGCUGAAGAUGAAGAUUUUAAUUACAGAUUUAAUGCCAUAAGUUUUAAGGGAAAAGAAGGUUGGAUUGUUGGAAAACCAGCAAUUCUGUUGCAUACUUCAGAUGCUGGAGAUAGUUGGGAGCGUAUACCGUUAAGUGCUGAACUUCCAGGGGACAUGGUGUAUAUAAAGGCAACCGGAGAAAAGAGUGCAGAGAUGGUAACUGAUGAAGGUGCAAUAUACGUUACAGCGAACAGAGGCUACAACUGGAAGGCAGCAGUACAAGAAACUGUUUCAGCUACACUUAACAGAACAGUUUCUAGUGGUAUUAGUGGUGCUAGUUACUAUACAGGCACCUUCAAUACCGUGAACCGGUCCCCUGAAGGAAAUUAUGUUGCUGUUUCCAGUCGAGGUAAUUUCUACCUGACUUGGGAACCAGGACAGCCAUACUGGCAACCCCAUAACCGUGCCGUUGCAAGGAGAAUCCAAAACAUGGGUUGGAGAGCAGAUGGUGGCCUUUGGCUGCUUGUACGUGGUGGCGGUCUUUAUCUCAGCAAAGGCACAGGGAUAACCGAGGAGUUUGAAGAAAUUCCAGUACAGAGUCGUGGUUUUGGUAUUCUCGAUGUCGGUUACAGAUCAAAGGAGGAAGCUUGGGCAGCUGGAGGCAGCGGGGUCCUUUUGAAAACUACCAACAGUGGAAAGUCAUGGAGUCGUGACAAAGCGGCUGAUAAUAUUGCUGCCAAUCUUUACUCAGUAAAGUUUAUAAACGAUAAACAAGGAUUCGUGCUAGGAAACGAUGGAGUCUUGCUAAAGUAUCUUGGAUGAUUUCCUGGUUUUGUGAAACUUGUAAUUUUGUAAACGCGAUAAAAGUGCCAUACAUAUCUGGGUACCACGGAGAAAGUAAGUUCAUUAAUAUUGAAUUUAUGAUGUAUUUAGUGAGCAACCCAACUAAGUGUGAUUGUUUGUGAAAUCCUUGUAAAUGAAUUCAUAAGCAACACGAUUCUUCUAUUAUCGUCUUUAAUUCUUC